GACAACAUGCAGAACUAUUGCUUUAUUAUAUGUUUAUUUGUGUUAGACGGCUUUGUUUUACCUAUAGCGUGUCGGAACAUAAAGUUUUCAAAACAAGCCGAUUUGAGCGGGUAUACUUGUCCUACAAUGGAUAAGGGUUUUGAAUACGAUAAGUUGAAUUUAAUGCAGUGUCUGAAAACUUGUGCUGAUAGCUCGUCGUGUUUUGGCGUGUUCCACGACGAAGCUAAUAUGCACUGUGUAGGGUGCAAUAACGAAUUUCUUACUUCUUCAUCGGCCCCAUCUCUAAACGGAAUGAAGUACUUCAGACGUCAAACGUACAUGAUAGUGACUGAAGCGAAAACAUGGAGCAAGGCACGGUUACACUGUUGGAGAUUAGGGGGACAUUUAGCAGACAUUACAACAGAAAAGGAAGAACUAUAUAUAGAGGAACAAGUAUUAGACCAUACUGAAACUUGGAUAGGAGCAUCGCGUGAAGAAAUUGGAGGAAUAUUUCACUGGGAAGACGGUACACCCCUGUCUGAUCAUUAUGUGAAAUGGGGAAUAGAUGAACCAUCGGACAACCUGGAUGAGAAAAUAUGUGGCAUAGAUUAUCCAAGGGAUGUUGUAAUUCUUCAUCCAUUAGGUAGGGGUAUUACAGGACCGGACACAAGUCAUUUUGUUGUGAAACUUGAAACAUAUCUAAGAUUUCACAAUUUACCUUACAAGUCUGACUUCAAUAUAGAUAACUACAAGUUAGGUCCAAAACAGAAAGUUCCUUGGAUCGAAUAUAAUGAUGUUACACUUGGCGACUCUCAGAUGAUUAUAGAGUUUUUAAACAAGGAGUUGAAUGUGGAUAUGGAUGCUCAUCUUUCGAAGCAAGAGAAAGCGCUAGCAUGGGCAAUACAGAAAUGGAUCGAGGAAUUCAUGUAUUGGAUAAGUGUGCAAUGGACCUGGGUUUUAUUUAUAGAAGAAACAUUUCAAGAUGGUAUUUCACCCUUUCCUUUAGAUGAGAAGUCGGCGGUUAAAGUCUGGGUAGCCAAUAUGACAUAUACAGCAGGAAUAGGAAGACAUAGCGAGGAGGAAAUUCUGGAAAUAACAGUCUCAAAUUUACGAAAGUUUUCUGAUAUUUUAGGGGAAAGGCAGUACAUUUUCGGAGACAAAAUGAGCACCGUGGACUGUUCUGCAUUCGGUAUAUUAUCUCAGAUGAGAUGGUUAACCCCUAAAUCAUGCCCAUGUUAUAAGGUUUUUGAAGAUGGUGAAAUAUCUAAUGUUGUAAAAUACCUGGACAGAAUACGAGAUCAUUAUUGGCCUGAUUGGGACAAUCCAAGAUUUUAGCUGGCGCUCUUAGUCAUUGAUAUUUGUUCUUGUAAAAAUGAAAGGCAACCCAUAGCGUCUGGACGCACCUAAAUUAUUCGACACGAUAGUGUUGUCUGAUAAUGUUCUACACACGACACGUUCAGGCAGUACAUAAUUAUUCUAUAAUAUCCUCUAAAAUGAUAAAUUGUACUGUCCAGAUUAUAGAUUACAAUCGUGCAUUACAAGACUGCCAAUAAAAUGAUGCUAAAUGUAAAAAAAUAAAUGUAUCAUGUGUUUAGCUUUAAAAUAUGUUAUCUAUUGCAUGAUUUAUAUGGCAUCGUGAAAUUGAUAAAAGCAAUAAAUCGAUUAAGUGUACGUGUUUAUAGUGUGUUGUUUUUCCUUAACGUGCGGAGGCAAUUUAUCUGUUAGGUUCAUAAAUUGUUUACAAAUGCAUUUGUGUUGCCUAGUAAUUUGUUUAACAGGAAUAUUAAUGUUCUUAGUAUUUAUUUAAAUACCAGUCUUACUUUGACGUAAAUAUCGUGCAGACGGUUAUAUGUCAUGUAAGAAUUUUUGUACGU